AUGGAUUCAAACCAGAAUAAUCAGUUCCGCACUGGGGAAGACUGGCCUCGAAACCCACACUAUGAUUCUGCCUUUCCCACUGCCCCAGAAUCUUAUCCGUGGAACAAUGUCACGGGAGAUUAUUCUCAUGCUUUCGACUGCGAAAAUCCAGCUCCUAACUUUCCAAACAAUUCAACUACCCAACUUCCGGUUGAGUCUCAUCAAGAAAAUGCUGCAUUUCCUACACUCCCUCCACCCACACUCUUCAAUUCCUUGGGCUUAAAUAUCGAUGGAAACUUUGCACUGCCAUCGGCCACUCUAGUGGUAAACGAUGCUCCUCCUCCAAAUGGAGACCUAGCGCAAUUGCAAGCGUCUAUGGAGCGACGAAGCAAACGUCGCACCCGCUACAACCUAGCAGAUUGGGACGGUCAUAAACCACAAAUCAAGAAGCUUUAUAUCGAGGAAGAUAGAUCCCUGGAGGAUACGAUGAAAAUCAUGUCUGAAGAUUUUAGAUUUCAUCCUUCCUCCCAUGUUAAUUGGAUGAAGACAAAAAAAGAUAGAAGAAUGCUCUUGGAGAAGAAGAGGACCGAAUUCAGAGUUGGCGAGACAUUCUGGAGCGCGGAGAAAGUAGAAAAGAGCGCGAAGAGAGCCAAACUGUCAGAAAAUGAUAGCUUAGGUGUGGAAACCCCUGCUGGAAUUGACUAUUCCACCCCAUUCACUGUGACAUUCUCUCCCAAGAUGUCGAAAGCACCGGCUGCCAAGUGGACCCCAACAGAUGUGGCGAGUGCGGAUGUAUCACGUCACAACGACAAUCUGUAUUUGGUCUGGAAUGGCCAUACGAAGGCUGAAUUUGAGGCCAUGUUCAGACAGGCACAUGAACUGGACCGCAGCGGAAAAGUCGAGGAUGCCGAAGCCAAAUUCCGCGAGGUAUUGGAGGAUUUCGAGCAUGUACUCUCACCAACCCACGACGAAACGAAUGCUGUAGCCUAUCAUCUCGCAGAAUUCUUGGCGAAUCAAGCCCGAAUGACUGAAGCAGAUACCGUCCUUAAUUGGAUGGGUGAGAAGCAUUUUGAGAACUGGGGCAUGUCACACAAGAAAACGGCAGUGCAUCUACUACAUGUAUCGGACAUGUAUCACAGUUGGUCUCGAUCAGAAGAUGCAAUCAGCCUACUUUCCAGGGCCAUGGCCAGAUACGAAAAAGCGCUCAAAUCAAAUACUGAAAAUGAUAAUAAUGAAGAUUCUGAUGCUUCGAUAGUGGUAGAGCUGACCCGAAAUACGUCGAGCAGAAACCUCCGACCAAGACGUUCUAGUACAAUCAUUGAGCUGAAUGAUGAUAACCCAGGCGAUCCUUGGUCCGUUGAGUAUCAACUUGGCUUGGCAAUGGCUCAAGUCAAAUGCGAGGAACACCCCAAAGAAUUGGCUGUGCAAAUUCUCGACAUGAGAGCCACACUUGUGGAGCACUACCAAAGACUUGGAGAGAGCGAAAAGACAGAGAAGGCCCUCCAGGAAGCUGCAUCAAGCUUCUGGAAGGUCUUGAAGCCGGAUUUCAAGAAGACAUCGUCAAUUCUCGAAGCGGCAGGAAAGUUUGCCGAACUGCAUAUCGAGCCAGAGGCAGUCGAGAGCUUUGGGGAGGAUGGCGACAGUACUGUUGAUAUUCUAACUGCAAUCGGCGUCUUCUAUCAAGAGCAAGGGAGAUUGGAUGACGCAGAGCCACGCUUUGAGCAGGCAUUAUCCGCCUCUAUGACGGCAUAUGGGUUGGAUAGUGAGGUCACAGUGAGACUAGAGACCGCGUUGAAGAAGAAAGGCUAUGUACUGCACUGUCCAAACUGUGAGGACUUUGAGACGAAACUGAGGAAGCGAUCGACAUGCCGGCGAGUUAAUCCAAGCCCGGAGAGUAGGAGGCGGUAUUUCUUAACUGACCCAUGGCAUCCCUAUUUGUAG